GUCACAUCGCAUGGUUCGCAGAGAUGCUGACAGAGAUCGUCAUCCUCGCUACGGGAACCGCCUUCGAUAUCCAUUUCUCCAUCUUCGUCACAUGCUUGUCGACGUCAAACUGGACCGUCCUACCUCUAUAUACACUUUUCUGUGAAACCACCGGACUUUCGCGACCCUCUUCUCUCGAAUCCGCUGAAAUGGAAGGGGAUAAACCGUUCAGCGCAGUACAGCCGCACGCCGGAGGUGGCAUCGUAGUGUGUGCGAGUGGGCCGGAGAGUCUGGUCGUUGAAACGAGGAAUGCGGUCGCGAGGUUGGGUGUUGGGAACGCUUUGAAGUUGGGUGGGGUUGUCGUGCAUGUAGAGAGCUUUGCGCUGUAAAUUGGGACCCAGGUUUGUAUGUAUGAAGAUG